UGUUCCUAAUAUUUUCUCCAUUGUGCGCAGGAUCUAACGCAUAUACAGCUAUAGAAAUGGAUUUCUAAUCUGGAUGAAUCGCGCUCUGUCACAUGUACGUUCCAAAAUCAACCUCAGGUUACUAAACUCUAUAAUUUAUGUGACUCAUAUUAUAAAUUUUCAAUAACCAAGUUGGGUUUUUUAGAACGUAUCUCAGGCUGGUUGUCACACGCAAGCGCGACUCGCCGGGCAAUGUCAAACAAACCAAGCAUCUCUGAUCUUUCUCUAUCUCUUUCUUUCUCCCUCCGUACGGGAUAAUCGCUGUCACCGGACGAGACACAUCUCGAGCGUAACGUCGCGCGCGCGACCGCGUUCAUUGAUGCGAUUCACCACGCCUGGUCCCUCAUCUCUUUUCCGUGCGGUGCGUCAUCUCGCAUCGCAUUCUCCGCAGUAUUGACGCACAAUUGACGGAAUGCCAGUGAACGCGUUUGCGACUUUGCCGGUUCGUUGCUCCGUAAAAAAGUAUCCGGCGGACCGUCGCUCCUCUAAUCGCGAUUCCGUGCGCUGAAUUGUGCCCCGUUGACGUAUGUACAUCCACAAACAUCGAUUCGAAUGCUCAGUUACAGCGACGCUUAUAUGUCGCUAUAAUUAUUGUCAACGAAGCGAAAGCAGAAGAUCCAACGAAGGCAGAAAUAUAGUUAUAAUGCAUGUGUUACGUCGUAUGCAACAUCGCAAUCCUUGGAAUUAUUAAAUCCUAGACAAAUUAGGUAGACAAUAAGAGGAACAAAGCAUAGAGAUGGUACGUGUGAUAACAGUGCACAAUUUCCUGGGGCAGAAUGUCGUUCAGAUUGAAGAACCUACGGCGACAUGUACGGCCAGCAGUCAGAGACAGGAAAUGCUCCUGCUGGCGCUGCCCACACAUUGCGUGGAGGUAUGGGAGCUGAUGAGUUCGGAUGUCAAACUGCGCACUGUUUUCCCUACGGUAGACAUGAUUAAUCAAAUGGUACACUGCAUCAAGGGAGAUUAUGUUGUGACAUUGGAAUCAAAAUAUCUCAGAGAUACUGCGAGCAAUAAUCAUGCAAAUAGAGCUUCUUCUAAUUUUGUAAGGAUUUAUGUAAAUUGGGCCAUAGCGAAAGAUCAGAGCCAGCCAAUGCGAGCCAGGAUUGCCGGACGGGUUACGCCGAGUUUGAAUCGACCUUUGAAUAGCUUGGAAAUGAUAGAGUUACCUUUGACCAUGCAACCUACCUUGAUCGCUUGCUGUCAAUGUACUGGAAACUUAUUGGUAGCCUCGGGAAACAGUGCCAUUCUGCAUGAAUUUAAGAUUGAAACGCAACAAGUAUCAAAGAUGAAAUUCAUAGACUUUGAACCUAGACCGUGGUCCUUAGGAUUCACAUUCGCACCUACACGCAUGGAAAUCAUAGAAGAUUUUAUAGCAAUCAUGGAUAAUACAAAUUUAUCCAUUUUUCGCCUCACAAAUUCGAUGUAUGAGGAUAUCGACCAACUUAGCUCUUUAACUUCCACGAAUUCUUCUUCCGUCGAUAAGACAUCCAUAUCCACAGAUUCCUCUCUCGUAGAGAAUAGCAGUAGUCUUGGAAAUGAUGAUACGUCACUGCAGGGAACAAACGCAAAGCACAAAUCUGUAGAUUAUCUUGAUAGUCAAUAUGCGACAUCUGAUAACAAUGAGAUGAUAACCAAUGUAAAAUCUAAAGAUAAAAAACACAAAAGCACAAAAGGAAGUACAUGGUAUAAGUCAGAAGGCAAUUUCAAUAGAACAAAGCCAAGUAACAAUAAGAAUUAUAUAGAUUGGGAGUACCUAAUAUGCAACGAGAAAGAUGAGAUGCAAAGGCUAAUUACCCAAGGAAUUAUUGAUUCUUCUUCACAGCCAUUAACAGUAAAUCUACCAUUGAUAAGUUUAGAAAGAGCUGUUCCAGGUCACGCUCUCAGUCCCUUUGUACUAAAUUCAGCGGAUAUAAGAAUUUUCAUCAAAACAACCUCACCUGAUGUAGGCUGGUCUGAAAAUUAUAUAAUAAAAAAUCUAUUAUGUCUAAAGAUCAACGCUGGAAAUAAUGCUAAGGUAGACGGAAUUCUAGAGAUCUUUAGGUGCCUGGUAUUGAAGCCAUUGUAUAUGAAGAAGGAAUGUAACAUUAGUGGCGUGAAAAAAUCUAUAUUGCGGUCUGACAAAUACAAAUAUUUGCAAGGUGUAAGUUGCUUCAUUUGCACUACACAGGAAGGAUAUCUGUAUCACUUUUCAACAACAAGUAAUGGUUCUCUGGAUGCGACUUGCCUGACGACUUAUCCAUUCACUGCACCUGUUCAUCAUAUAGCGCUGGAGCACACGAUACUUCAUGUAUUGACCGAGGCCGGUCUCGAGUCUUACACAUUACGUCUUUCUCAUCAUAUCGCAAAACUAUCAAAUAGCAUGGACAGCGUUAGAGCAACUUGUCCCAGUGUCGAACCGGUAAGCCUGAUUGGCUUGAGACCGUUCCUAGGAAUACAGAAGUUGUUACAUACGAGAAGCUAUAUAGUUCUGCUAGCUAAGGCUGAUAGUUCUUGGACCAUGUACUCUCUAAAUUUACCUAAAUUCGAGAACGUGUAUUUUGACAUCUUGAAUGCAGCGAGAAGUCACAAAUCCUCCAGUCCGAGUACUUAUCGACAUUUGUUGGGAGAAGCGCAUGCCUUAAUACGCUUAGCGAAGGACAUAUCCUAUGACGGCGUGGAUAAUGAGGAACUCGACGAUGUAAUCCAUAAGAACGAUCUUAAAUUAAAAAAUCUUUACAAUCAAUCUUGUGCGUUACUUGCGGAUUACUACAUACGAUCGGAAAUUGAAUCGGAUUGGGAUUUGUGUAUUCCCUACUACAAGAUGUCUGGGUUAAAACCUUCAGAAGUAUUAUCCAGAAAAUGUACUCAAGAUGCACCGGGACUCCUGACGUUUCUCACGGAUGCGCUUCUUACGAUGAGAAGCGGAUCUGAAGCGGACGCGCUUUUCCAAGGAUAUAAUAUCAUAGAUAUCAUCUGCAAAUUGGAGAAAGAAGAUCUGUUGAAAAUAAUUUUCGGCAGUCCUGUGCUGAGAGAAUAUACUACCGAGAAACUGAUAAAUCUUUUACUGAUGUACGAAACCGACGAUGUCGUCAAACUCGCCUUGGUGCUCUUGUACAUCCAAGCCGACAAACAAGAACAGGCGGAGAAAGCGUUGGAACCAGUUUCCGUGCAAUGUAUCAGACAAAUUAUUUUGGAGCGUUGGGAACUACUAUUCGACGUAACCGCGAUGAAAAAGAGGAGUCCUAUGAUCGCUACUUUCUCGGAUUUUGCUGGUACAUUGAUGCUCGUAAAGAACACCACUUUUGCCGAUAUCUUGAUACAAUUAAUAGAAGACGAAGGUGCAUUGUCAUUGCACCAAAUCAUACAGGUGUUCCUGGAAUACCUGCCUUCGCGAGUCGGAAGAGACGGACAUAACGCGGCCGCCACAUUGCAAAUUUUUAUUGAGAAAUAUCUACAUAAUUAUUUCAGUUCGAAAUUCAUGAUGGAGUGGCCGUCGACUAUAAAUAAAAAUCAGAUACGCUCGGAUUUUGCUCUCGUUGAAGCGUUCAAACUGUUAGUACGAUCAUAUUUAGGUAAAUUAACUCAAACAAAAGUAUAUAAAACUGAUCCGAAAGAAGAUCACGAGGAGAACGAUAAGGAGUAUUUCAUGUUCGCCAAAUAUCGGCCGAGUUAUUUAAACAAAAUGCCACCGUAUACCAAAGAUUACCAAAAAAUUUUAAGGAUGAACGAUUUUAAAGAUUUAGCGAACUCUAAUAAUGCAUCUGAGACUGAGAAAACUGUACCUAAGGAAUUAUUUAAGUUGCAAUCUGUAUUGUCGUGCGAGUUUUUGCCGGUUGAAUGUUUGCACGAAGUCAAGCAGUUUCUCGAAACGCAAAACAUUGAUGGAAGUUUAUCUCUUAAGACGUUAUGCAUUCAAAACACGGAGGAGAUAACGAUAAUGUUAAUGGACAAUUGCCCGCAAGCUAUAGUACAGUAUGCAAAGGAUAAAUAUACAAAGGAUACUGAAUGGAAAUAUCUUAUUGAAUUAACACGUGACAAAAUUGCUUCUACAACGCAACAGGAAUUACAAGUCUUGUACACACAAAUUAUGAAAGAGAUUCUGAAUCAUCUUCCGCAUGCAUUGCCCAUGAAAAGUUUACAUCGUAUCUUGCCGAGAGAUGACAUGGCAACAUUUCAAAGAUGCACCGAAAUGUGCAAUCAAAUUAUGCAUGCGGAUCAUGUAAAAUCGUUGAUAAUGGAAACUGGACAACAACUUUUGACAACUCUAAAGUUGUGA